UAGAGUUCAGCUGAGCUCAGAUUCACGAGGAAAUAUUUUCUCUGACUACAAAGUUUUUGUGCUGUUCACUGCUACUAAAAAAUAACAGCCAGGAUAAAUAACUGAUUGGAUUAUUUUGCUGUUAGCCAAUGAGCAAGUCGGAUGUCCGGAACCACCUGUUGUUCGGCAAACAUCGAUAAUCUCCGGCUAUUUCCGUGAAAUGUUUUCCAAAAAUGGCGGAGGUUCAAAACAGGAUUUUUGCCAUGGAUGAGGAAAAACGUGAAAUGCAGAUAAUGUCCUAGACUGACUGCUUGCUGUGAGGUCCUGUUCAGUUCACUUCCACACAGGCACUGUUCUACCAAAUCGCAGGCACCCUGAUACCUUAUACCACCAUGGCUUCUUCAGACCUCUUGUCGCUGAUCGCUCUCGGACACAAGUCCUCGGAACUGGAGAUCCAAGUCCUGCAUGGUCUGAGAGCACAGCUGGCACCCCGGCCGGUCAGCCAAGCACCCAGCAACUCCUCUGUAGACUCUGAGGAACAGGCGUGGCUCGCCAUAGCAACCAGCUCAUUAGGGGACGAGGAGAACGACCCUUUCCCCGACAAGCAGCCACAAGUGGUGUGGGGCAGCCAGGCGGACCUGAACGCCGUGACGCGCUACUUGUUCGAGCGGCGGUUUGGCUGGUCGGAGGCGCUGCUCUGCGCGAAGGACGGAGACGGCCAGGGGUCGUCCCAAGGUCAACUGUUGACCAAAGACAAUGGGAAGUUCAAGGGUCAGCUGAAUGAGAUGUUGGAUGAGUUCCUGAAAUGGUUCUUCUGCCAAAACCUGUGCAUGCCGCUGCUGCAAAGUCUUCUCAGUACCAUCCAACAAGCCCACAGCAAGCCUGUGGUGCGUAUGCAGACUUACGUCCACAUGAUGGAGUGGCUGAAGCACAACGCUGACCAGGAGCUGACCCAGGGAAACUUUCAACUGGUCAAGAACCUGCUGGUCUCAGGUUUGACAGACAUCUGGUCAGCCAUCAGGAACGCCGUGGUGGCACGGCUGUCUCCUGUCAUCGAGUGUUUCAGUCUGGGGCAGCUGGAGGACUUCUUCACAGAACUGGUCAAGAUCUGCCAAAAUGAAGAGACCAGCUGGCAGAAGAAGGAAGGAGCUGUGAUGGGAAUCAAUGCUGUGGUGAGGAGGUUCCACUGGGUAGGCACUCAGUCUACACAGGACGCAGACAGCAUGGCAUACUUACUUAAGUUUGGUCCAGAGGAGAUGUCUCGCCUGCCUUCCUUCAUCACACAGAACUUUAACGACGUGGUGAGGCCGCUGCUCGCACACGCUCAGCUCAGCAUCCGGGAGCACGCCACCAAGGCCUACUCCUCAUACCUGUCCAGGUGUGAGUUCAGGGAAGCUCUGAGCUCCUUCCGUGAGGUGAUGUCACACCUGUGUAGAGACAGUCGACCUGAAGCAGAGGCAGCGGAACAGGUCCCCCUCCCACACCUGGCAGUAUUAAGAAGAGAAUACAGCUUCAUGGAUGCCUAUGAAGCUGAGGGGCUUCUUGGGGUCUGUGUCUUCUUGGUCAAGCACAUCCCACCAGGCUUCAUGCUGCCCAGCUGGCCAUACUACUUUUCCACCUUCAACCUUUACCUGAUGCAUCCGGCCUCGACUGUGAGACAGGCCACCAGCCAGGUGUUUAAGUACCUCGUUGCAAAAGACUGUAACAACCCCACGCUGCUGAAGCUGGUACUGCAGGGCCUGUGUGCAGACUGGAGCGUCGACCUACAGUCUCUGGAAGGGCACAGUCCACGCCCAAGAUUGUCAAGUUUUGGUAAGUCCCCGCGGCAGGCGUGGGGGGAUGGAGGGAGGAAGGACAUGGACAGACUGUCCCCAGGGUCCAGCGGUUCCCCCCUGGGGGCCUCCCCACGCAGGAGGAGGGCCACCAUACAGGACAUCUGCAGCUAUGAAGGAGAUGAACCAGCCACUGCCAUCUCGGAGACCUGGGAGUGGAGGGAGGGGAGGUUAUUUGCAUACGAGCUGAUCUUGAGGUUUCUGGUGACCAAUCACAUCCACUACCUGUUCCCGUCUCUCGUGAGUCCCGUCGGACACACCAGGUUCGACGGCAUGGCUUCUACUGAUGACGUCAUUGUCGGACAGAGGAAGCUGGAGAUAGGCAGGGACCACGCUCAUCAUGAGCCUAUCCAGAAGAGUUACAGUCAUGCAGGCAUGAGUCUACGCCAUGCUCUACACAGUUAUAACCAUGGGCCAACAGCACAGCCAGACACGGUACCCACCAGCCAGCGACCACACCUUCUCCUGCACAGACCCUUCUCUGUGGAUGGAUCAGAGGAUGCACAAAACUUAAAACAACAACAACAACAACAUGGCAGCUCACAGACAAAGUCACUAGUAUUCAAGACGCAGAAACGAAGUGAAAUAACGCCCCCUAUCAUGGAGAGUGGGAACUCCCUCCAGUCCAUGGUGCGGGAGUACAACUACCACGUCCACCUCAACACGCCAUUCCGCCCACCCAAGAAGGGCUCCAUACCCUCCACAUACUCCCUCCUGGACCAGACCAGGAGAUUUGAUGGGGAAGAAGAACAAACUGGUGGUUCCAGUAGAAGUCGACUCUGCCUGUCAUCACCCGUCAAGGACCAGCUGUCAGCCGGUAACCCUGACGAUGAGUCCUGGGUGGGAGAUGUACAGUUUGAACAGUUCUCUACAGUUUUACGACAGAUGCUGUACCAGACAGUGGAGUGCCUGGCAGACUCCAGGUGGGAACUCAGGAGGAUGAGCCAACAGGUCCUCCCCUUGCUGAGUGAGACGAUCCGAUGGUACAACCUGUCCAUCCUGGAGGACCUGUGGGACAGCUACCUGACCUCUGACCCCUCGGUGCUGUGUUUUGGGGCCUGUCUGAUGAUCAAACACAGCAUCCAGCACUGUGCACAACUCACCCAUCUCAUGGAGGAACCCAUGCCUUCAUGGAAGGAUCCUGACCUGUGCAGACAAGCCUUCCAUCCAAUCAUCAGCUUCAUGGAGAAAGGUCUGUUGUCAUGGAUACGACCUGUGUGUGGGCUGCUUAGCAGAGCAUGCUGGGACAAGCUAUCUGUGGUUGCCAUGGAGAUCAUUAUGCUUGCCAAUUGCACUUUUCCCAAAGCAAAUUUUGGACAUGAAGAUGUUGUGGUCAGCAGCAUCAGACACCUGUUCACAUAUGCCCACACCAGCCACCCUAUUGCACAAGAUAAUGCAAGAACAGGGAACAUCAGACCUUUCAAGACAGCAAAAGAAGGAUUCCUCUGUUGUGGAGGUCGUCUGGACUCAAGUUGCGGCCAGUCCAACCCCAGACAGGUUGAGAAGUAUGUCCUGAGUGAAACCCACGGUCUGUUGUCCCCAUUCCUACGGAGAAGUGAUCUGUGCCACACAGCUGCAUUACUUCCCAUCCUGGCCAGCUACGCCAACUUCUACAGCGAUGAUAAUGAUGUCUGCACAUCUAUGUUAGAGGGGAUGACUAGUAUCCUAUGCCUGAUGGGAGACCAUGUCCAUCAGUGCCCAGGGGAAAUGUUGGGGGUUGAGUACAGCGAGUACUGUGCUCAGGCAGCUACAGAACUGGCAGACAUCAUCGCUCAUAAGGAGAUGGUGGAGCUGUCGCUGCUGAGACCGAUCUUGGAGACCUUCUACCUGGUCAGCACACUGAUGUUAGAUGGUCGUCACCUGCACACACUCUUCAACGCCAUCAGCACCAGACUCAGCCAGGUUCUCCAGCUGACAGUGGACUCACCCCAGAUCACAGACCCCAGUCUUGCCAUUCUGUCUAACGACAUCCCCCCCAGCCCUGUGGACCCGGGCCCUCCACUGUCUGAUGAUGAUGAUGACUCUGAUUCAACCCAAAGAGGUGGUUUCCUGAACGCGAGUGGCAGCAGCAGGGACGGGCUGGCAGGGAUGAUGGGCGGGCCGUCCCCCUCUCCUGUCAGCUACGACUCCAACCCCUCAUCAGACUGGGACAGCUGGGACGAGGACGAGGAGGACCAGUCAGCACUGAGUGUCCUGUUCUCAGAGUUCCUCCAAAGACUGCAGAGAUUCUACACUGUAGCACAGGAAGGCCGCAUGAACAGUUUCCAGACCCAGCUCGGCCACAUGAGCAGCAGUAAGCAGCGUGUCAUGCGAGACCUGCUCAACAACAGGCAGCCCGACACAGGACCACCGCCGGCCAAGAAGGCCCUCAGCUUUGACUCACAUCACCUGCCCUCCGACCUGUGACAUCACCUGCCCUCCGACCUGUGACAUCACCUGCCCUCCGACCUGUGACAUCACCUGCCCUCCAACCUGUGACAUACGCCAUGAAAACUUGCCCUUCAACAUCCACUCCAAAGGAUGUUGCCGUGUUACUACUGGCGCCACAGUGGGAGGAACUGGUAGACAUUGACAGUUGCCCCCUCUACUUUCCAUGGACUUCUGUCAUAUGUCUGCUCUCUGACCCUAGCAAAGACAAGACUUAGUUGCUCUCUGACACAACUUUGGCAAAAGGCACCAGUCUAACACCUGCCUUUGGACCCCUGGCUGGGACAUGGAUUAAAUGAUUCAUCAGUGAAACAAGACUGUUCUUUGCCCUCUGAUUUGAGCAGUAGACAGUAGUCGGCAAGAGAACAAUGGAUAAAUGUAGGCAGAAUACAGCAAGGCUCUUGAUAGGUUGCCAGUAUAAAGACAAUCAUGUCCAUUGAAAGUUGUGAACUUGUCACCUUUAACUGUUCAGGCUGCUUCUGGGUUCAUGGUUACUGUAGUCAAAACAGUUUAGCAAGGGCUGUUCAAGUUGUUUUAACAACUUGAAGCACUUUUUGAACUCCAAUUAUGGAGGGAUGUGUGCAGAGAUAGAUAGGGGUUAAGUGAACAACUUUUUACAGUUUCCAGACCACCCCUACCAUGGCUGU